GAAGCGGUCCAGUCAGUCUCGCCCCUCCGCUCAGCAGCAUCAUCAUCGUCCCCGCCGGGUCCGGUGGUAGAGAGGAUGGUUCAGCGGAAAAGCAGCCGGGGAUGCGAAUGACAGUGAUAAGAUAAUGGCCCCCGAUUUACGCAAGUUCCCGAAUGUGCGACUAGUGAUCAAGUGAAACGACUGUUCAGUAUGUUGAACAAAGGAGCUUUAACCGAGGGGCCGCAUGGACAGAAACAUGCAAAGAGAAGUCGACUGCUGUUUGUUUUGUGCUCCAUUUCAUGCUGACACAGCUUCUUCAGGGAUAACCACACGAGGUCUGACCUCAAUAUGUAGCUGGUUGACGGUGACCUAGCUAAUUUUGGGCAGGAAAACACUGAACCAUGUUGCUCUAACUUGUGACCUGUGGUGAACGGGGGAGGCGGAAGAGGAGGAGGAGGAGGAGGAGGAGGGAGGCGCAGGCAGACAGGCAUCUCCCACAGCUCCCUUUAAGGCGGCCCUUUGCAAGCUUGAAACCAUGGGCAACACAGCCACCAAGUUCCGCAAAGCCCUGGUGGGUGGGGACGAGGCCCUGGCCUGGCAGCUGUAUGAGGGAAACCCUCAGUUCAGGGAAGGCCUGGAUCCCAAUGCAUCGUAUGGAGAGCAGUACCAGCACAACACGCCCCUGCACUAUGUCUGCCGCCACGCCAUGACACGUCUGCUUAGGUCCUUCCUGUUCAGUAAAGAGGGGAACCCCAACAAGCGUAAUGUGCACAACGAGACGUGCCUCCACGUGCUGUGCCAAGGCCCGCAGAUCCUGCUGCUGCCAGAGGGAGCGCUGUCGCCACGACUGGCUCGACCCCAGAGGGACGAGCAGCGUCGUGCCGACUGCCUGCAGAUGAUCCUGAGCUGGACCGGCGCCAGACUGGAUGGAGGCCAGUACGAGAAGGCCAAUGUCAACGCCACUGAUAAUCACCACAGCACCUGUCUGCACUAUGCUGCCGCUGCAGGCAUGAAGAGCUGUGUGGAGCUGCUAAUCCAGAGCGAGGCGGACCUUUUUGUGGAGGAUGAGGACAAGUUGACGCCAUGUGACCACGCCGAGCGGCAUCACCACACCGAGCUGGCCCUCAGCCUGGAGUCGCAGAUGGUUUUCUCCUCCUCUUCAGCUCAGCAGUCAAACACAGACGCACAUGGUGAAUCCAACCUGCUGCAAUACAAGGAGCCUUAUGAGGGACUGAAGCUUCAGGACCUGCGCAGGCUGAAGGACAUGCUGAUCGUAGAGACGGCAGACAUGCUGCAAGCCCCCCUCUUCACUGCUGAGGCCCUGCUCCGAGCACACGACUGGGACAGAGAAAAGCUUCUGGAAGCCUGGAUGUCAGACGCUGAGGGCUGCUGCCAGCGCUCAGGUGUGACCAUGCCCACCCCACCACCCAGCGGGUACAACGCCUGGGACACUUUACCCUCACCUCGCACCCCCAGGACCCCGCGCUCACCCCUCACACUCACCCUCACCUCCCCGACCGACAGCUGCCUCACACCUGGAGAGGAGAGCCUGGCUUCGUGUGGAAUCUGUCUCUGCUCUAUCUCUGUGUUCGAGGAUCCAGUGGACAUGUCCUGUGGACACGAGUUCUGCAGAGCAUGCUGGGAAGGGUUCCUCAAUGUGAAGAUUCAGGAGGGUGACGCACACAAUAUUUUCUGUCCGGCCUAUGAGUGCUACCAGUUGGUGCCGGUGCAUGUGAUAGAAAGUGUAGUUUCCAGAGAGAUGGACCAGCGAUAUCUACAGUUUGAUAUAAAGGCAUUUGUGGAGAACAAUCCUGCCAUCCGAUGGUGUCCUGCAGCACGUUGUGAGCGGGCGGUGCGGCUCACCCGUCCAGGCCCUGGGGACAGCGACCCACACAGUUUCCCCCUGCUGCCCUCCCCAGCUGUCGAUUGUGGCAAGGGUCACCUCUUCUGCUGGGAAUGCCUUGGCGAGGCCCACGAGCCAUGUGACUGUCAGAUGUGGAGGAACUGGCUCCAGAAAGUCACAGAGAUGAAGCCUGAGGAGUUGGCAGGUGUGAGUGAGGCCUAUGAGGAUGCAGCUAACUGCCUGUGGCUGUUGACCAACUCAAAACCGUGUGCCAACUGCAAGUCGCCCAUUCAGAAGAAUGAGGGCUGCAACCAUAUGCAGUGUGCCAAGUGUAAGUAUGACUUCUGUUGGAUAUGUCUGGAGGAGUGGAAGAAGCACAGCUCAUCGACAGGAGGCUAUUAUCGCUGCACUCGCUAUGAGGUCAUCCAACAACUAGAGGAGCAGUCCAAGGAGAUGACUGUGGAGGCAGAGAAGAAGCACAAAAGUUUUCAGGAGCUGGAUCGUUUCAUGCACUAUUAUACUCGCUUCAAGAACCACGAACACAGUUAUAAGUUGGAGCAAAAACUACUAAAAACAGCUAAAGAGAAAAUGGAGCAGCUGAGCAGAGCCUUCAUUUGCCGUGAAGGCACUCCUCCCGACACGCGGUUCAUUGAGGACGGUGUGUGUGAGUUGCUGAAGACGCGGCGUGUCCUGAAGUGCUCUUACCCGUACGGCUUCUUCCUGCAGCCAGGCAGCACCCAGAAAGAGAUAUUUGAGCUCAUGCAGACGGACCUGGAGAUGGUUGUGGAGGAUCUGGCCCAGAAGGUCAACCGGCCGUACCUGAGGACUCCCUGUCACAAGAUAAUCAGCGCAGCCCGUCUGGUGCAGCAGAAGAGGCAAGAAUUCCUGGCGUCAGUGGCCCGGGGCGUCGCUCCCAACGAUUCUCCUGAUCCUCCGCGCAGGAAUUACCCUGGAGGAUCAUGGGACUGGGAGUACCUUGGCUUUGCCUCCCCUGAGAUGGGGAGUCGUCACUCUGUACUGGGAGCAGGAGAUCAAAGAGAGAGACAGUCACAGGAUUAUGCUGACAUCCAGUACCGUCGCAGACACAGACCACGGCGCAGAGGAGACAUGCUGAGUCUGCACAACCUCAGAAGCAGCAGUAACACACCAGAGAUGAGCAGGAGGAGCGACAACACAGAAGCUCCAGAGAGAAGCGAGGGCCGCAGGAGAGCGCUGGGCUCGCUGGAUGAAGACGAUCCAAACAUCCUGCUGGCCAUUCAGCUGUCCCUUCAGGAGUCCCGCAGAGAACGAGGCCUGGAGGGAGGGAUGGAGGGGAGAGCGGAGCUGGAGAGGAGGCCGGGCCCCGCAGGAGAUCUGGGAGAUGUUGCUUUGCACUCUCUCAACACAGACGGUCCUCCAGGAGCCAGAGGCUUCCCCAUGUCUCUCCUGGACCCUCCUCGCCCCCCUAACAGGACAGACUCCACGACCCAGCCUCCCAUGUUAAACUCCCUCCCCCUCCCUCCCCCACCUCCCUCCCUCAGUGCAGAGCUGCUGGAGCUGGGAGACAGCCUUAUGAAACUGGGGAACAUAACCACUCCUUAUGAACUCGACACACACACACAGGAGCAGCUCUGCGCUCUCCACACAUACAACCACAGUACGCUCGCUGCUCCCUACAUUGAACCUGCUUACAGCGACUGCAGCCAUAGAGCAGACCAGACGGCUCCAUACAUGCUCGACCAUAUCACCAUCACAGAUCCCACUUACUGCCACUCCAGUGCUUAUUUAGCUGAGGUUGAACACGCUGCCUCCUGCGCACUUGAACGCGCCCAAAACUCCGCCCAUCCUAGCUCAUGUAACCGGGAACAUGCAGCCACGUAUGACAACACCCAAAAACCAGACAGCUCUUACAACCCUAACCCUGAACACAGUAGCUCUUACACCCAGGAGCGUCCUGCCGCCUACGCUCUCGAACGCCCGCCCAAGUCAGACCCCCAGCCACCUGCCCAGUUGUGCCUCCCGUCUCCAGAGCUUGAGCCGGAGCUGCUGCUCUCACCAGUGAUCCCCCCGGGGGGCGCUUUCACCCCCAGCGACCCUCAGAGUCUGGAACCACUGGACCCCACAGCCAGUGCCCAGCUGCUGGACAACAUCAUGGCCUGGUUCAACAACAACAUCAACCCCCAGAACAACCCGCAGAGCCUCGCCCUCAUCCCCUCCCCGCCCACCACAGAAACUGACUCCUCCCCUGACACGCACACUGAGUCAGAGGCCUCCAGAGACGUGCCCCCCGCCUCUAUCUGGCAGCCCCUGGAGGGCGAGCCAGAGGCAGGCGGAGGGGCGGCGAGUCCUCAUCUAGGUGCUGCGGGAGCGGAGGGCCUGAAGACGUCGAGGCCCAGCACUCUGGAGCUGGACAACAGAGCGGCUUGCGAGGUGGGUGUGGACGCAGGGUGUGUGGUUGACCUGUCGCUGGACGAAGCGCACACACACCCGUGCUCACACUCCCAAUGUGGAAACAGUCCCACACACACUGACCCGGCCACAGAGAGAGACUUAGACCUCAUCCUUCAGUUAGAAGGGGACCAAUCACCUGAGGAGUGGGAGGAACAAGUACACCUGGUGUGACAGCGACAGAACAACGCGGAGAGAGAAGGUUGAGCGGGAAGAGAGAGAGACGUAAAAGUGAAAAGAAAAUCAAAGACUGGGGGGAAAAAAAGAGAAAUAACAGUGAUGCCUCAAUGAAAGAUGGUCUUUGGAGUGUUUACUGUAUGUAUUAUACUGUAUCUAGAGAGGACAUUCAACCCUGCGGACCUUUUUCAGUAACGAUGAUGUCAUACGCAGUUUGAUUCUUUUUUUUUUUUUUUAAGUGCUUUUGUCUUCUCUAAAAACAGACAAACUAUUAGUGUUUAAAGCAAAGUACAUCAAUGGAAAGCUACUGAUAUCAUAACACAUAAAAUGCUGCAGAUGUUUUUGUUUUCUUAGUUUAUUUAUUCCCUGUAGUUGUCUUCUCCGUUUGUUCAGGGUGAAGUUUUGGUGCUGAUCAUGCUGAAAUCCAAACUUGCCUCGUAUACUCACUUUUAUUAUUAACACACCGACCCAACCACGAGCCUUCUGGAGCCAAAUAUGAUGUAACCUUGGAGCUUGUUGAGCGUACUGUACAAUCAGAGGGCCUAAUUCUGAUUUUUGGACCUUCAUGCACACUGUGCCUGCUUUGUUUUAGAGCCAACACACUACUGAUGUUUCCUUUUGGUAGGCUGCAAAGAACGAUGAUACUCUUGUCUGUGCGCAGUAAACAUCACGCUGGUACAACGUGCUUAUCUGGAUUUUAUGACGGUAAUAAUUAUUUGUAAUACUUUAGAAAAGAUAUUGUCUUGUCUUAAAUCUUGCUCAAAGACACUCCAGCAUCAUGGCUGCUUGUUGUCAGGGGGAAUUGAACCCUUCUCACUGCAACACCCUGCUUCCCAUUCCAUAAAGUCUUUAUUGGAAAUCAGCUUUUAUUUAAGUGUCAUCCAUAUUGCUGUAUUUUACACCUGCUUUGGCUCAGUUUUCACAAAAGUGUCAAUGUGCAAAACACAAAAUGCUAUACUAAUAAUAAUCAUUUUGACCUCAAACUUGACAUGAAAUACAUCAUGGAAACAUCUUCAUCAAAUUUUCUUUAUCAAAUAAUGCCAUCAAACAGAAAUUCUCAUCAGAAUAAAGUAUUCAAUGGAUAAAAGUGGAUCCAGUCAAGAGUGUGAUAGUAUGAUAGAAGUGAUGAAAACAAGAUGUACUGUGUUACUGUAAGUAUAGGUAAAGACUUACACAACAGUAAGUCUGAUAUUCAAACACUUUGACAUUUUUGUGUUAAAGAAAUUAUCAAGUCAGUUUGUCACGUUUUCGCUCGAUUAAAGACAUCCUUUGUCGACUAAUCGAUUAGUUGACUUAAUCGACAUAUCUGUGAAAAGUUUAUCCACGAAGAAUCGCGCAUAAAGCCCCUCUUUAAACCCUGUGUUUACCAGAGAUGUGCUCAUAAGUUUCUUGGAAAUAAGUUAUUCGGCAUGAAAUAUGCAUUUCCUAAAAAGACUAAUUGCCUAAAGUCAACUUAGUUGCGGCAGCGCGACACUUUGAACAUUGAGCCAAAGCAAUCCGACAAUGCUAUAUAUGGAAAUGCAUAUAGUUUGUUUUUAUCAUAUCUUUUCCACUACUGAUGGCUAGUACAGUGUGCUGUUGAAAGAUGGGAGAUGGGUUGGGUUUUUACUGUAAUUUAUCCUUUUUAAAAUGUCUUUAUUCCUAAUUAUAGAGAUUUUUUUUUUUUUUUUUUUUUUGAGACCAGAGUUGUUUUGUCUGUGUGCCUUUUUGUUUCAAUCGUAUUUGUUUAUUUGUUGGUAUUUAUUAGUGUCAUUACUUAAAAAAUAUGCUAAACAAAGUUUCUGAAGAAAGAUAAUGGAGAACACACCACUGAGGCUGUUGCCAUACACUGCACAUUAGUAUUGUUUGUCCUCACACCCCAAGUUUAUUUUAUUUUAACUUAUCCCCAGAGGAAAACCGCUAUGUGAAAGAAAUCAUUUGUCAGUUAUUUACACUUUGUGAAUUAACAACCAUUUUAUCUUAAAGUUGUUCAAAUGUAGUUGGCCUUUGAAAUGCAAUGUAGCACUCUCAAUCCUGGGUUGUCACUUUAGCCUUUAUCUGUAAACGUUGUUGCCCAACUGUAAUGUUUACAAGAGAAUGAAAUACUGCCUGUUGUGUUGAGAUAUGAUCACGUGCUUUUGGGACUGAAAUUAGAACAAAAGAGUGUUUUUCACACUUUCAUGGCAGGCCAAACUAAUGUAAAGAUAUCUGAAUUUUGUUGAAAUUUCUCCCUCCACUUUACAAAAGGUGCCAGUUAUACAGAAUGUGAUAUGCAAUCAAAAAUGCAUCACUUAUAAUUGAUCGUUUGAGUUUUGAGGUUGUUUAGAGUGUGAGGUCUGGAGUGCUCCACUAAAGUGAAGAAGAAAAAAACUUAAAAUAUCACUAUUUUUCUCUCCGUAUUGAACAUUAAACUGUGAAGGUUCUGGACAGCUUGUAGGUGCUGACGAAGACAUUUCAUAAAGCCUGCUGAGAUGUGAGGGCAGCCCAUAACAUUUCAGACAUUGUUUCCUGAGGAAUGGUUUAAUUAACAUUUAUUUUAGGUUGCAUUGUUGCAACAGGAUACACAAUAGGAAGAAAAUAAGUCUGGGGUCUUUUAAUUUGCACAUGCAUGCUGUUAAUGUGUUGCACUAAUCCAGUGCUGUCAGGCAAAAUGUGGAGGACUGAUGAGUGAUACUUUUAUUAUUAUUAUUAUUAUUAUUAUUAUUAUUAUUAUUAUUAUUUCAUUUUUUGUUUUCAUGAUUAAGAAUUGGAUUUAUGGUGUCAAGGGAAUGGUCCUGUGCCAUUUUGUACUCCAUAUAUGUUUAUAUUUUAACGAUUCCUCAACCAACCACUUCAGAGUAAAAAAUAAUAAUUAAAUUGCACUUGCAUAGAUUAUACUUGAUACAUUCCCAGUCGGUCCAUAAGAGAGGUUUGAUGUGUGGCCAAAACUGUAAAUGAAAGUGUCAGUGCAAAGUUUACUCUCAAUAAAAAUAAAUGAAAGUG